AGACUGAGAAAAGUUGCUGCAGUGUUUAAAAUGUAAACACUCUGGACUGUCUCCUUUCGUUUAUUAGUUUACUAUAAUGGCCACAGUAAUUUGAUGGUCGCUGAGUAAUUGGAACACAGGAUGUUAAUGGUUGAAACAAGUUCUUUAAUUUGGAAGUCCCAUGAGAGACGUCGUACGUCUCAGUGGUAUUUUCUUGCAAAUCGCUCCCUGACACAGAAGAGAAGGAGAACAUGACAGAAGCAAGUGAGAAGGAUCAGAGUUGGAUCCCCAAGGUCUUCAAGAAAAGGGAGUGCACCACCUUUGUGGAAGAUUCUUUCAGUAAUGGAGCUCUGUGUCAGUGUGGAAAAGCAAAAGAUGCCCACAGUUCUGUGGCUCUCGGGGACUUUUUCAGCACAGCCAUGGUGAACCACUGGGACAGCGCCCAGCACUCGUCUGAAUACCCGACUGACGCCUUCGGAGAGGUGCAGUUUGCAGGAGCCAGCAAGAGACACAGCUAUUUCUUGCGUCUGUCAUGGGACUCCUCUCCGUCUAUGGUCUACACCAUGAUGACGACCCACUGGAAUCUCCCUGCACCCAAUCUGGUGGUUUCUGUUGUGGGAGGAGAAAGCAGGACAAAGGUGAAGACCUGGGUGCGGGAGGUGCUCAGGAAGGGACUUGUGAAAGCUUCUCAAAGAGCAGCAGCGUGGAUCCUGACUGCAGGAUUGCGUGAAGGUGUUGGUAGGUGUGUCGGCGAGGCGGUGAGAGAUCACGCCACUGCAGCUUCUUCAGACUCCAUCAACAGAGUGGUGGCACUGGGCGUCGCUUCAUGGGGUUUGGUGCAUAACAGAGAGCAACUUGUCAAUCCGAAGGGCUGUUUUCCUGCUAAAUACUACGUGCAGAACUCAUCUCGAGAUUCCUGCAGCCUGGAUAACAACUACCAGGCCUUCCUGCUGGUGGAUGAUGGGAGUGUGGGCCGCAGAGGAGGGGAGACGACCUUCAGAGCCAAACUGGAGGACUUCAUCUCCCAUCAGCGCACAGGAAUAUGGGGUAGCGGCAGCAUUGACAUUCCUGUCCUUUGCAUGCUGAUAUCCGGGGAGACGAGCAUGUUGGAGAGAGUGGAUGUUUCUCUGAAAAACUCCAUUCCCUUGUUGGUCCUGGCCGGUUCAGGAGGCAUUGCAGACUUCCUGAGUGACCUCUUGGAGAAUCUGUCUUCAGCCCCAGUCUUCCAGUCUUCUAAUGAGGGGGACAGCGAGGCCAGUCCUAGUGUGGAUCUGAAAGAAAAAGUGACGGAACGAGUGAAGAAUUUGUUUUCUGCUGAACCAGACACAGACAAACUUGUUAAACAGGCUCUCAGCAUUUACCAAAACAAGCAUUUUAUAACAAUCUACCAUGGAGAACAGGAGAGCCCGACUGAUUUUGAUACAGUUCUGCUGAAAGCAUUAGUAGGAGCAAGUAAGUAUUGUGUCUCAGUUGAGGCUUCCCCUUACAAGGAAGAGCUCAACCUAGCUGUUGCUUGGAACAGAGUGGACAUUGCUAAGAGUGAACUCUUUAAUGGAGACAUCCAGUGGAGGUAUGAGGACUUGGAAGGGUCCAUGACAGAUGUCCUGAUCAACGACAAGCCUCAGUUUGUUCGUCUUUUCACUGAGAACGGCCUGAACAUCCUGGACUACCUGACUUAUGGACGACUGGAACAGCUCUAUGGCUCUGUGGCUGAGGGCACACAGUUAUACCAGCUACUUCAGCGCCGCUUAGCCAUGAGAGUUGGAACUACACCUAUGCCUACAUCACAUCCACCAGAGAGUUUACCAGAGACACAUUCUAAAUUAUUAACAGAGAAAGCUCAGAGUGAAACACAGUCUGAGAUCACCCUUUUUGAGGUUUCAGGAGUCCUGGAAAUAUUAAUGGGUGAUGUUUGUGAGCUGUUCUACUAUGACGUUUUGGGCUUACAAAAUGUCUCAUCCCAAAGGAUAGCUCCAAGGCGUGUAAGUAAGCUGCUGCGUGGAGAGCGCAUGUAUCAAACAAGGCGGUGCUCCUCCCCCUGGGCUUCACUUUUCAUCUGGGCUGUUCUACAGAACCGCAGUGAGAUGGCCACUUUCUUCUGGGAGAUGGCAGGAGAGUCAGUGCUGAGCGCUCUAAGUGGUUGUAAGAUCCUGAGACAACUGUCCAAACUGGAAGAUGAAAAUGAAACCAAACUCUCCAUGAAAGAAUUGGCCCAGAAGUUUGAAAAUCUGGCACUGGAUAUCUUCAGCUCUUGUUAUCGCAGCGAUGAAAGUCGCUCCUUCAAGCUGCUGAUUAGGAAAUCUCCUGUUUGGGGUGGGACCACAUGCCUACAGAUGGGCAUGAGCGCUGAUGCCCGACUUUUCUUCAGCCAUGAUGGAGUGCAGUCCCUGUUGUCCCAAAUCUGGUGGGGUGACAUGGAGAGGAACACAGAGGUGUGGAAACUUCUGCUCACUUUCUUCUGCCCUUUCAUUUGCUACACCAACCUCAUCUCCUUCAGGGAGCAAUACAAACAGCAACAAGAGGAGGAGAAUCAUAACGAAGACAGACCAUCUAACAUUCAUUAUGGGACAACCGUCUUCUCUUUCGCUGACAUCAAGCACGUCAUUUCAUCUGGUCUCCUUUUUAACGCAGGCAUACCUGAACCCUACAGACCACCACAACGUCCGUUCAUAGUGUCACGCUGGCGUCAGUUCUGGUUUGCACCUGUCACUGCUUUUUUGGGAAACGUCCUGAUGUACUUUCUGUUCCUCGGAUUUUUUGCGUACGUGCUGUUGCUGGACUUCAAGCCACCACCGCCCUCUGGUCCAGCCAUCACAGAGUGCAUGCUGUACUUCUGGGUGUUCACCAUUGUGUGUGAGGAAAUGAGACAGACUUUUUUCUUCGGUUUAUUACCUUGGCAUCAAAGGCUCAGAGUCUACAUUCAGGAUAUGUGGAAUAAAUGGUACCUCACUGCCAUAAUGCUGUUCAUUAUUGGAUCAGUCUGCAGGAUGUUUAAGAGUUCACAUGAGAUUGGACGGGAUGUCCUGUGUGUGGACUACAUGAUCUUCACUCUUCGCCUGAUUCACAUUUUUAUCAUUCACAAACGGCUGGGUCCAAAAAUUAUCAUUAUUGGCAAAAUGAUGAAGGAUGUCUUCUUCUUCCUCUUCUUCCUGGGAGUAUGGAUUGUGGCAUAUGGAGUAGCCAACCAGGGUUUGCUUUACUCCUAUGACUCAAACUUCAGUCGCAUCCUGCGCAGAGUUCUCUACAGACCUUACUUACACAUCUUUGGAGAGAAUUUUGUGGAUGAGGUAGAUGUUGGAAAGGAGUGGGCUGUAACCUGCACAGACAAUAUAACGUUGAUUGAGGAGGGUGCAGAGCCAUGCAGGUCUCUGAACAACAACUGGCUUGUGAUCAUUCUGUUGGUUAUUUAUCUUCUGGUUACGAACAUCCUACUCAUCAACCUGCUCAUUGCCAUGUUUAGCUACACCUUCACUGAAGUGCAGGCUAACAGUGACAUCUACUGGAAGUUCCAGCGCUACAACCUCAUUGUCCAGUAUCACUCCAGGCCCUCACUGGCUCCUCCCUUCAUCAUCCUCUCUCACAUCAACUUAUUUAUCAAGAGGAUCAUCCGCAAGGUUCCCUCUGUCAAGGUCCACCACUUUGUCUUGCAGUUGAGCGGGAAAGAAGCGAACACAUUAAUGACGUGGGAAACCAUCCAGAAAGAGGACUUCCUGACUGCUCAAAACAAAAUCCAGAAAAGCAGUGACACUGAGAAACUCAAACAGAUGUCUGACAAAUUGGAUAGCGUUCUUAAACACUUGGCUAAAAUCAGAGAUUUUGACCACAGGCUUAAAGCUCUGGAGAAUCAGAUGGAGCACACCAGCAUGCAGAGGCGAACAUCUAAACCUCCUGGACCACCACCUACAUCAAGAGGUAGUUUCCAUCAUUUGGAAAAUCAGAACAAACCACUUUUAAGUUAA